UUUUUCUCCGACAUGAAUUAGUGCAGUGCUUGGUUAGCAUCAUUAAGUCAAUGGGAGCUUGGAUGGAUCAACAGCUGAAGAUAGGUGAUUUUGACUUGCCUAGGAGCUUCGAGAGUGACACUUCAUUAGAGAGACCUUCAACCUCGAUUGUAUAAGAUGGAGUUGUCCCUGAUUGUGAGUUGCAUCCAUAAAUGAAUUUUGAAUUGUCAGAUACUGCUACGCUUGAGCAACACCGGGCUUACAAGAUUGAACUCCAAAAAGGUGGCUCAUUAUUUAACAGGAAGCCUUUCAAAGGCAUCGAGUUUCUUAUAAAUACCAAAAAUGUUGGCAACUCUUCGAAGGAAGUGGCUGCUUUUCUGAAGAAUAACACUGCUGGGCUUAGUGAAAUCGUGAUUGGUGAUUAUUUGGGUGAAAAGGAGGAAUUUGCUUUGAGAGUCAUGCAUACUUAUGUAGCUUUUUGAUGUUAUAAUAACAUGAUUGAAUGUUAUUACAACGUUGUAACUUUUAUGUUGUAAAAUUUUAUAAUAUAUGGAUUUUAACAUAUAAA